AUGUAUCGUGCCAGUCAAGUUCUGAAUCGGCUCCGUCUACUCUCGGUUGCCAGCCUUAAUGGCAGAUUGAAAAGUACUAUACCUCCACCUGGUGCAAAAUCCCUAUCGUCUCCUCUUGCUAAAGAUUCAUUCUUAAAUGGCAGCAACGCCGUAUUUAUCGAUAGCUUGUACGAUCAAUGGAGGGCUGACGAAGAAUCGGUUGAUCCGUCAUGGCGAAAAUAUUUCUCAGAAUCCUCGUACGGAAUCGAUAGCACUGUAACCGGAACCGCUGAACAGUUAAGCGUCAACGAAACCGUUACUGACCAUUUAAAAGUUCAAAGUUUAAUCCGCUGCUAUCAGCAUUUAGGCCAUCAUAUUGCUGCCUUGGAUCCUUUGAAUCUUUACAAUGCCGAUCUUGAUCCAUCUAUUCCAUUAGAGCUAAAGCUGCCUACCUAUAUUAGUAGUGAGGAAGACCUGCAGCGCUACUUUACAUUACCGAAAACGACACAGAUAGGUGGCGAUGUAAAAACACUCAAGUUGCAGGAAAUAUAUGAUCGUCUAAGGAGAAUUUAUUGUGGUAGUAUUGGCGUUGAAUAUAUGCACAUUACCGAUCCUAAAACUUUCGAAUGGAUUCGUGAUAAAUUUGAAACACCUGGAAUUACCGAUUUAUCACAAGAAGAUAAACUUAAAGUUCUCAGGAGAUUAUUAAAAUCAGUCGGGUUUGAGAAUUUCCUAAAUCAAAAAUGGUCAACGGAGAAACGAUUUGGUUCGGAAGGUUGUGAGGUAAUAGCUCCUGCCUUGCAAGAAAUUGUUGAUCGAUCAGCCCAGCUAGGUGUUGAUAAUUUUAUUGUAGGGAUGUCUCAUAGAGGACGAUUAAACGUCAUUGCAAACGUUGCAAAACAACCUUUAGCAAAGAUCUUUAGUAGAUUUAAGAAAAAUCUAUCCUUUCAUAACGGUACCGGUGAUGUAAAAUAUCAUCUAGGAAUGUUUACCAAUACAUAUAAUGAGGCAGCUGGUAAGGAUGUUACCUUUACAAUGGCUGCCAAUCCAUCUCAUUUGGAAGCCGUAAAUCCAAUCGUACAAGGCAGAACUCAUGCAGAACAAUUCUUCCAUACUGGAGAUAAUCCUGAAAAAAAGGUCAUGGGUAUUCUUGUACAUGGUGAUGCAGCAUUCGCUGGCCAAGGUGUUGUAUAUGAAACUGUCCAGCUCAGUAACGUAGAUAAUUAUUCAACUGGUGGUACUGUCCACAUUGUUGUGAACAAUCAGAUCGGUUUUACAACUGACCCAAGAAAUGGUCGAUCAUCUUCGUAUUGCACAGAUGUUGCUAAGGUAGUUAAUGCUCCGAUAUUUCACGUUAAUGCUGAUGAUCCUGAGGCCGUGGUCUAUGCUAGUCGAGUAGCUGCUGAGUACAGAGAUACUUUUCAAAAAGAUAUAUUCAUUGAUUUGGUUUGCUAUAGGCGUUAUGGUCACAAUGAAAUGGAUAAUCCAGAAUUUACUCAUCCAGCCAUGUAUCGUGCAAUUAAAACUAAACCAGGUGUACUAUCACUUUAUGUUAACAAAUUGGUCAAGGAAGGAGUAUGUACUAGAGAAGAGUACAAACAAGAAGCAAAGCGUUUCAACAACGCAUGUAAGGAAGCGGCUGAGAUUGCUGAAAAUCAAACCAGUAAUGACGUACAUGAUUGGAUAUCUGCUGAUUGGAAAUCUUUCCUGAAAUCGAGUAAUUACAACGAAACUAUGGAAACUGGUGUUCGGAGAGACGUUUUGAACCACGUCGGAGAUGCGUUUUGUUCAGUUCCGAAACAUAUUACUGUUCACAACACAUUGAAGGGUGUUUUAAUGAAACGUAAACAACUUUUGGACGAUGGUAAAGCUGACUGGGCGAUGGGAGAAGCAAUGGCAUUUGGAUCUCUACUAAAAGAGAAUGUUCAUGUUAGACUCAGUGGGCAAGAUGUAGAAAGAGGAACAUUCAGUCACCGUCACCACAUUCUACAUCAUCAAUCAUAUACUGACAUUGAUGGCAAAAUUAAGUGGAACAUUCUUGACAAUUUGUUCGAUGACCAAGGGAGAUACACCAUUAGCAAUAGCAUAUUAUCCGAAUACGGAGUAUUAGGAUUCGAGACUGGAUAUAGCAUUGCCAGGCCGAACAUGUUGGUUUGCUGGGAAGCACAGUUCGGAGAUUUUCAUAAUUGUGCUCAGCCAAUAAUCGACCAGUUCAUUUGUAGUGGUCAAGAGAAGUGGGGCUAUCAAACUGGUAUAGUUUUAUUAUUGCCUCACGGAUACGAAGGCAUGGGACCAGAACAUUCCAGUGCUCGCUUAGAGAGAUUUCUGCAGCUUUGCAAUGACGAUAUGGACGUUAUUCCAGUAAUUGAUGAAAGCGACGUAAUCAAACAACUGCAUGAUCAUAAUAUGCAGGUCGUUAAUUGUUCCACACCUGCAAAUUAUUUUCAUGUUCUAAGACGGCAGGUUUCAUUUAACUUCCGAAAACCAUUAGUAAUAAUGACGCCUAAAAGUCUGCUACGACUUCCGGCUGCAGUGUCUUCCUUAGAUGAAAUGGGACCUGGUACGAGUUUCCAACGUGUUAUACCAGAAACAGGUGAAGCAUCGGAAGAUAGUAACUGUAGUAGUGUAAAGAGGGUUAUUUUAUGCUCAGGAAAAAUGUAUUACGAUUUGCACAGUACUCGUAAAUCGAAGGGCUUAGAAAAAGAAAUAGCUAUAGCAAGAAUUGAACAGUUGUUCCCAUUUCCCUAUGAUAUGGUACAAAAAGAGAUUGAAAAGUUUCCAAAUGCAGAUAUUGUAUGGUGCCAAGAAGAACCUAAAAACAUGGGUGCUUGGGCCUUCGUUCAACCAAGGGUAUAUAAUAUCACUGGUCACCUGAAACUGCCAAGAUACGUCGGAAGAAAACCGUCAGGUUCUGUAGCUGCAGGCACUAAAAAAGAUCAUGAUAUUCAGCAGGCGGAACUAUUAGCAGAGGCCUUAGAUGUUGAUUAA